GCGUUUGAAGAAAAAGGAGGGGCGCCUAAAUUAAGGGCUGGCUAUUAAUUCUCAACAGUACGCAAGCUAGCUAGAUUGCACAUGUUUUGCACAUGAAAAAAAUUAGGCAGGUAGCCAUGCAUGGCCAUCAAUUGUCCACAAGUGAUUAAGGAGGGGGAGAGAGAGAGAGAGGGGAUGGGCAGGCAGGCAUUAGCCAGCUUGAACACACCCUUUAUAUCCCUAUUUCCACUCAGCUCCUUUGGCCACCAAUUAACCGUUCCUUCUUCUACUAUUACUCUUCACCUCUCCAACAAUAGCACUCACAAUUAACCACCAAAAACCUCCCUCUCUCUCUUCUCUAAACAAGAGAAGGUUAUAUAUAAGAAGAGUUGAGAGAAGAGAGAACACACAUCCAGAUUAAACAUCGAAAGCCGGCUAGCUAGGUUUUUUUCUUCCAGACAGCUAGCUCUCCUCUCUGUCAUGAUCUCCUUCCUCUAGAGAGAAAGAGAGAAGCUGUGUAGCUAGCUAAGACCUGCUUGUCCAUUAAUUAUAGGCCAAAAGGAAAGAAACUUCCAUUGAUUAGAGUAGUGGCUGCAGGAUCGUUCCAUCUCCUUGUUUAUAUGUGCAAAGAAAGCAUAACGCCUCUCUCCCUCUCUCUCUAGCUUAGCUCCACUUGUCUCUCUGUCUCUCUUUCCGGCCUCUCGCCAUAAAAGCCACAGAGCCAGCCUUCCUGCAGGCCACUCUCUCUUCUUUCUCUUUCUCCCCACGCCUUUUCUUGCUUCUUCGGAGGACAUGCAAUUGCAAGCCUCGUCGUCGUCCAUGGAGCUCGUGCUCUUCCGGGAGGAAGAAGAUGAUCAGGGCAAGCAUGGCGCCGCCGCCGCCGUGGUGAAGCGGAAGCGCACCAAGAGGCCGCGCCACCAGCAGCCGGCGGCGGCGGCGGCGGUGGCGUGCUCGUCGGCGUCGUCCUCCGAGAGCACCACGACGGAGGAGGAGGACAUGGCCCACUGCCUCAUCCUGCUCGCCCAGAGCGCCGCGCCCGAUCACGUCAGGCCGCAAGCGGCGCAGGCGGCGCAGGAUCAGUCGUCUCCUCCGGCUCCGGCGGCCGCGUCGGCGGUGCCGGCGCCGGGGACGAAGGCGGAGAGGUACACGAGCCGCAAGUACACGGAGGCGGCGACGACGGCGGACGGCGUGAGGGCCGGCUUCUACGUGUACGAGUGCAAGACGUGCAACAAGUGCUUCCCCACCUUCCAGGCCCUCGGCGGCCACCGCGCCAGCCACAAGAAGCCCCGCCUCGCUUCCGCCGCCGGAGCCGAAGAAGACAACAUCAACACCGCAAACAUCGUCAGCGUCGUCGCCACCAAGCCGCCGCUGCCAUCGACGUUGAUGAAGACAGCGUCGCCGCCACCGCCUACCAUGAUGACGCCGGCUACAACGCCUCCUGAUCAGGGCCCGGACGUCACCACCGUGCUGAGCCUCAGCAACAACGGCGGCGGCGGCGCCAUGAUCGGCAUCAACAACAGCGUCAAUAGCAACAGGCUGACGACGACGAGGGUGCACGAGUGCUCGAUAUGCGGCGCCGAGUUCGCGUCGGGGCAGGCGCUGGGCGGCCACAUGCGGCGCCACCGCCCGCUGCACCACGCGCCGGCCCCCGCGCCGGAGCGCGCGGUGACCGCGAUCACCGCGCCGGCGUCGGCGCCCACGAGCAAGAAAGAGGGCAUGGGCGGCGGCAUCAACCUGGUAGAGCUCGACCUGAACCUGCCGGCGCCGGCGUCCGACGAGGACUCCUCCGCCGCCAUGUCAGCGCUCCCGGCACCGGCGCCGGUGGUGCUCGGGCUCGGCCCGUUCGACAGCGGCAAGAAACGCCUCAUGCUCACGGCGGCCAGCUCUCGUGGACUGCCAUUAUUGAUUAAUUGAUUGGCAUGCGUUGCGCAGCUCAGCUGGCUGGCAUGGCAUGGCAUGGCUGGCCUCGUGAAGUCCUGAAUUCUUUUCUUAAUUAACACUGAUUGAUCUGUUUUCUUCUUCCUUCUUCUUCUUCUAUACACAAUUACUUAAAUUACUUACAAAUUUGUUCCUUGGCGUGAAUAUACGUACCAAGGAAAGCUGUAACAUACACAAUUGAUUCUUUCAAUUCUUUGGUGUAAGAUAUGUUUAACUAUAGCGAUCAAUUGACAUUUAUGUAUAUGCGAAACACACAUAUGUUGGAGCAUGCUGGAAUAUAUAUAUUGGAAUGAGAAUUAAUUCCACUUUGUGUA